UCUGAUUAGAAACAUGUGUUGACUGUUGACAUUUGUUGAUGUGUUUUGUCGUUGCUCUUUGUUUCGUGGGUUUAGCAAAACACAUCAAUUUUUCCAAUUAGAAAUUAGAACAGAGGUCCCAGCAUCGUAAUUCACACUUCUCGUCAUUGAUAAUCUUGAAAAUGAGUCAGGACAAAGUGUCGUUGUUACGGGAUCCAACUGCAGGUGUUUCAGUCUCACCAGAUAGUAGAAGUUAUGAUUCAGUGGAUCCGCCGUCCUACAGCGCUGAACAUGGUGCACAAAUUAGUUUUGUUCCUCGACGGUUCCCCCAAUACGUGGCCGCAUUAACAGCAACUUUAUCCGCCCUUGCAGCCGGGGCCGUCCUUGGGUGGACUUCCCCCAUCUUGAACGAAAUUCAACACGGUAAAUUUCACAAUAUUACAGUCAACAGCAACCAGAUGGGCUGGAUUGGCUCGUUCGUCACUCUAGGUGGCAUGACAAUGUGCAUUCCUACUGGUUUUCUGUGUGACCUAAUAGGCCGCAAAAAAACCCUACUCCUCCUCAUUGUACCUUUCGCCAUUGGUUGGUCAUUAAUCCUUUUUGCAAAAUCAAUAGUAAUGAUAUAUUUGGGUCGCUUGAUCACCGGGAUGGCCGCCGGCGCUUCAUGCGUGGCAGCCCCCUUGUACACCAGCGAAAUCGCCCAAAAAGAGAUACGCGGCACUCUCGGCAGUUACUUUCAGUUGAUGGUAACCAUUGGAAUUAUAUUCGCUUAUUUGGCAGGAAAAUUCCUCACGUCCAUGGGGUACACGAUUUUUUGCGCCUCUCUUCCGGUUGUUUUCAUUGUUUUGUUUGCGUUUCAACCGGAAACUCCGGCGUUUUGUUUGAGGAGUGGGCUCUAUGAUGAUGCUCUGAGAGCAUUGGUUAGGUUGAGGGGCCCGUGUGAAAGCAACGAAGCCGAAUUGGCUGAAAUUGAAGGGACUUUGAAGGAAAGCCUCGAGAGUUCGGUUUCGAUAUCGCAGACUUUUCAGAAAAAGGCUAAUAUUAAAGCGUUUGUGAUCGCUUUCUCGUUAAUGUUUUUCCAGCAGUUUAGUGGAAUUAACGCUAUUAUUUUGUAUUCGAGCGAUAUAUUCGCGUCAGCUGGGUCUAAUCUCGAUGCAAAUACUGCAGCGAUUAUAGUGGGUGCGUUUCAAGCAGUCGCUACGUUUGUUUCGUCUUUAAUGAUUGAUAAAUUGGGGCGGAAAAUCCUCCUGUUGACCUCAUCCAUAGUUAUGGCUUUUUCAACUUUAGUUUUGGCGAUUUAUUUCACUUUGAAGUAUCGAACGGCCAUUGAUGGUGCUGUUUUGCACGAAAUCGGUUUCAUACCGAUUGUUUCUUUGUGUCUUUUUGUUGUAGUUUUCUCAAUAGGUUUGGGUCCUAUUCCGUGGAUGAUUUCUUCGGAAAUUUUUACUCCAGAAAUUAAAAGUAUAGCCAGUUCAGGUGCUGGUACUUUUAACUGGUUUCUAGCGUUUUUAGUAACUAAAUUUUAUCUUCAAGUAAACGAAUGUGUAGGACAGGAUUCUACUUUUUAUGCAUUUUCGAUUCUCUCCCUUUUGGGGGGUGUUUUUGUUUAUUUUGUGGUACCUGAGACCAAAGGUAAAACAGUCGAACAAGUACAAGCAGAACUGGAACGUUAAAUCAUAAUUCUUUUGUAUUAACUGUUCUUUUCACACAAUGUCUCAAAGUACAUAUAUGAAUGUUUAAAUACUUAUGUGUUAUAUGUACAAAUGCCAAACUGGUGCUAAUGAUAAUUAAAAUCUUCAUUGAUUAUUACUAUGUGCACCAAUUCCCAAACGUACAAGAAGUGAUGUACUUAUUUUAAGUGAAGAUUCGUAUCAACUGACAAAGUUUUUCAUGUAAUGUAUUAAUAAGCCAGGGUAAUUAAUUAAUUAAUUAUUAAGCAUUUAAUUACUUGAGUAAUUAUCAUAAGACAGAAAUAACCAACGUUUUUAUAUUUUUUUUUGACAGUAAUUGCUUUUUUUGCUUUUAUUAAGUAGAUAUAUGAUUUUAUUCAAAAAAUGUCCAUUUGUUAUUAGUCAUUAAAAAAUGAAUGUUCUCAUUUGUA